GGAGGGAUCAGAGCCUGUUGCUGGGGCUGGUCAGGGACAGGAGAGCGAGCGGACGGCUCUUCUGCGGGUAGUUAACGCGCAUCCACGGCUUUAUUUCCCAUUUUUUUGCUCCUAUAUACCCCUUUUCUUUUUCGGCUUUCCAUCCUGCUGAAAUGAGGAGAUAAUCAACAGAGGAUCAGUUGCUAACGAAGUUUUGAAGUUGUUGGAAAGAGUUCGGACGGGAGAAGAGGAAGAUGCUGGGGUUGGAGGUCGUCGUGUUCUGUCUUCUUUUUGGAGCCCUGACUCAUGGCCAGCAAACAGAGUGCGCCAAGAAGAAUGACUGUCCCAUAGAUGUGUACUUCACCAUAGACACAUCUGAGACCAUCGCCCUGCAGGAACCACCCCCUGGAUCGCUGGUGGAGAGCAUCAAGACGUUCGCAAAGCAGUUUGUACAGCGUUUAGAAGAUGCUGAAUUCAGAGGCACUGUGCGCAUCAACUGGAACAUCGGUGGACUGCACUUCUCCCAAGAGCAGAGGGUGUUCAGUCGCAUCGGAUCCAAAAAUGAUUUCAUUACUGGCGUCAAUGGAAUUCGUUACCUGGGUAAGGGCACCUACAUCGACUGCGCCCUUACCAACAUGACUCAAGAAAUGCUACGUUCAACCUCAUACCCCAGAGCCCUUCGAUUUGCUGUGGUUAUCACUGAUGGCCAUGUGACUGGAAACCCAUGUGGGGGAAUCAAAGUGGCAGCAGAGAGGGCUCGCGACGAGGGUAUCCGGAUGUUUGUCGUGGCAGCAUCGAAGAACGUUGAAGAGACGGGGUUGAGGGAGAUCGCCAACUCUCCAGCGACAGUCUACAGGCGGGAUUUCAUGGCUGUGGAUCUGAGCCAGGGCAGAGCCAUUAUACACACGGAAACCAUUGACCGCAUUAUCAAGACAAUGAAACAUUUGGCGUAUGUAGAGUGUCACAGUGUGUCCUGUCUGGAGACACCGGGGCCUCCCGGUCCAAAAGGCCACAGAGGACAAAAAGGAGCUAAGGGAGACAACGGAGAACCAGGUCUGAAAGGAGAAAGAGGUCGCCCAGGAGACCCCGGUAUUGAGGGUCCAAUCGGUCAGCCUGGUAUCAAAGGAGAACCAGGUCUUAAGGGAGAGAAGGGAGAGAUAGGAACACAGGGGAAAAAGGGUGUGGCUGGCAUCCCAGGACGCAAUGGGACAGAUGGACAGAAGGGUAAAAUUGGACGGAUUGGUGCUCCUGGCUGCAAAGGAGACCCAGGCGAUAGAGGUCCUGAUGGUCACCCUGGAGACGUUGGUGAACGUGGUUCCCCUGGAGCUGCAGGAGAGAAGGGUGAUUCCGGUCGCCCUGGAAGACCUGGUCCCUCUGGUCCAACUGGAGAAUCCGGACCAAAGGGAGAGAGGGGAAGUCCUGGGUCACCCGGGGUCCCUGGACUGAAAGGAAAUCCAGGAACCCCUGGGCUUCCAGGAGUCAGAGGAGAGCCGGGGAGAAGAGGAGAUUAUGGAGUAAAAGGUAAUCAAGGCCCAGAUGGAAUUAAGGGAGAUAAGGGUGAAAUGGGGCCAGAGGGCAUGAGAGGACUUCCUGGCGAAUCAGGAAACAAAGGAACUAAGGGAGACAAUGGCCUGCCAGGCCCCAGAGGACCACCAGGGGCACCAGGAGAGGCUGGAAGAAAUGGUACCAGAGGUGACCCUGGUGAUGCUGGACCAAGAGGAGAACCAGGACAGCCUGGACCAAAGGGAGACCCUGGAAGACCCGGUUUUAGCUAUCCAGGGCCAAGAGGACCAUCGGGCGACAGAGGAGAGAAGGGCAAUCGUGGUCCUCGUGGAAGCAGGGGAGACUGUGGUCAAAAGGGUACACCUGGAGAUAAAGGACCUCCGGGAGAGGGAGGUGAACCUGGACCUCAGGGCGAGCCUGGCCUAAGAGGACCAAGAGGAGAGAUUGGGCGUGACGGAGAUCCUGGCCCUGAGGGAGAUCCUGGCCUCACUGAGUGUGAUGUCAUGAACUACAUCAGGGAAACAUGUGGCUGCUGUGACUGUGAGAAACGCUGUGGAGCCCUGGAUAUUGUGUUUGUGAUUGACAGCUCAGAGUCAGUGGGUCUGACCAACUUCACUCUGGAGAAGAAUUUUGUCAUCAACACCAUCAAUAGACUGGGAUCCCUUGCCAAGGACCCCCAGUCAGAGACAGGCACAAGAGUAGGAGUUGUUCAGUACAGCCAUAGUGGCACCUUCCAGGCCAUCCGGCUCGACGACCCCAAGAUCGACUCACUGUCUGCUUUUAAGGAUGCAGUGAAGCGGUUGGAGUGGAUUGCUGGAGGAACAUGGACUCCAUCCGCUCUGAAGUACGCCUACGACAACCUGAUCAGGGACAGCCGCAGAGCCAAAGCCAACGUUACUGUAGUUGUCAUCACUGAUGGACGCUUUGACCCCAGAGAUGAUGAUUCUCUGCUCACCUACCUGUGCAGUGAUCCCAGUGUUGAUGUGAGUGCCAUCGGUAUUGGUGACAUGUUUGACCAGCUUGAGGAAAAUGAGAGUCUUAAGAGCAUCGCCUGCCAGAGGGAUGGCAGGGUCCUGGGCAUGAGGCGUUUUGCAGACCUGGUGGCUGAAGAGUUCAUCGACAAGAUCGAAACUGUGCUCUGCCCAGAUCCUAUCGUUGUAUGCCCUGACCUUCCUUGUAAAUCAGAGCCUGCUGUGGCUAGCUGCGUUCAACGACCAGUAGAUGUGGUGUUUCUGUUGGAUGGGUCUGAGAGGAUGGGACUGGAAAACCACCGCAAGGCUAAAGAGUUCAUCGAGAACGUUGCUCGUCGACUCACCCUGGCCGGCGACAAGUCAGACGCAAGGAAUGCCCGCUUGGCUCUGCUGCAGUAUGGCAGUCCUACAGAACAGAGGGUGGAGUUUCCACUCACACACGAUCUCGCAGUGAUCUCUGAUUCGCUAGCAGCAAUGACCUACAUGGACUCCUCGUCUGCGUUGGGUAGCGCUAUCAUCCACGCUGUCAACAAUGUGGUAAUUCCAAAGGAUGGAGAACGCUUGGCUCGUCGCAACGCUGAGCUGGCCUUUGUGUUCAUCACUGAUGGCAUCACAGCACGGGAGCAGCUGGAUGAAGGCGUGUCCUCCAUGAGGCGAGCAGAAGGGGUUCCCACAGUGAUUGCAAUAGGAUCAGACACAGAUGAAGAGGUGCUGCGAAAGGUGUCGUUAGGGGACAUGUCAGCCAUCUUUAGAGCAGAUGACUACACCAUGCUGACCAAGUCCUCAUUUUUUGAGCGCUUUGUGCGCUGGAUAUGCUAGUGAGGAACUCUUUACACACCAUAGAAUUAGAAUACACAGAGUGAAAGAAAGGCUAACGUCUUCAGUGUACACAUAAACCAAUUCAUCUACACCAAAGCAUGUAAUAGACCCGCCCAUUCACAACAGUCCAUCAUGUCAGUGUCACAUUAUGGCUCACCAAGGUGUGAAAAUUACACGUUCUCAUGCUGACAAAACAUUUCAGGUGACAGUCACAGUUUGGUUAGAUUUAGGCAAAGAAAAUGCUUGGUUAAGUUUAGGAAAAGAUUAUGAUUUGGAUUAAAUAAGACUUGGACUUUUGGCUCUGAAUGGAACACAUACCCAUCCACCCUUAAGUAUUCAGACUAUGUUUCUCUUUACACUACUUUCUUCUUUUGCUGCUGUCAUUAUUGCCCAUUUCUGGUACCGCACCUUCUUAGAUGAACGAACUUUUCACGCCUGCAGGUGAAGCAAAAUGUGACACUGACACAGUAUCCUCUAGUGGAUCUGCAGGUGUAUGGGGUGAGACUGAGAACAUACAUACACACACACACACACACACACACACACACACACACACAGGCUUCAACAGACCUCUGUGAUUGUUACCUUUACUGGAUAUAAGGCACUGAGAUGGGUAUCCAGUUGUUAUGGGAGAUUAACAGUUUACAAAAGCUAGAACAAUCCAUGCAGGACCAGUUGACAUACAAACAUACACUAACACAUAGGCAUGCAAUAUCAUUUGUAACGUGGUUGUUGUAUUAAUUCUAAAUCUAUGGUCAACAAUUCCAGCCAAAGACACUCAUAGAUGUAUGAUUAUUGAAUGUGUACGAAACAAAAUGGAGGUUUUAUUUUGUUUUUAUUUUGUACUGAUUUUCAGUUUUUGGAAAAGAGCGCUCUCUCCCUCCCUCCCUGCCUCUCUCUUCCUCUCUAUCUCUCCCUCCCUCUCUAAGUCUGUCUUCACAAAUUCAGUAUUCACGUUAAAGGUGCUAAUGUAGAAAUAAAAAACAAAGCCAUCUGAAUGGUUCUGAACACUUUUUACAUCAUGUUAUGCUGUAAUUACUGUCGUUUGUUCAGGGGGUAAAGGCAUGUGCACUCUCCAGGGAGAAAAAAGAAUCACACAUCAAUGCACCACACGAGAAUCACAUACACACAAGCACACACACAAGUUGCAGUUAAUUACACAUACAUUGACAAACAUAAAAGAAACUAAUCUGUAAACAUAAAGUCUAAAUAAAACCUAAUGUGGUGACUCCA